GCCCGCGGCCCCGCCCUGCGGCCAGGCCGGGAGGCGGCGGCGGAGACAGAGGUACAGGUGCCUCCGCCCGGCAACCGCCGCCCGCCAGCCCGCCCGCCUUGGCACCAGGCCUUCACGGCCCCUCUCCCGCCUCACACUCCGGCCUCCUCACCGCCCGGCCAAAUGCAGGCCGUCGCCCUCCCCGAGGAGAUCCGUUGGCUCAUGGAAGAUGCUGAGGAGUUCUUGGCAGAAGGUUUGCGGAAUGAGAACCUCAGUGCUACUGCAAGGGACCACAGAGACCAUAUACUAAGGGGCUUCCAGCAAAUCAAAACUAGGUACUAUUGGGAUUUUCAGCCCCAAGGGGGAGACCAAGCUGAAAGUUUCCUUGGACAGGACAGCUCUGAUGAUAACCAUAGUGGAACUCAUGGCCCCUCUCUCACAUCAGAUGCACCUUUUUUGCCCGAUUAUCAGGAUGAGGGAGUGGAAGACAUCACAAGAGGAGCUCAAGAGCUGGAUAACAUCAUCAAGCAGGGAUACUUGGAGAAGAAAAGCAAAGAUCAUAGUUUCUUUGGAUCGGAAUGGCAGAAACGAUGGUGUGUCAUCAGCAGAGGCCUCUUCUACUACUAUGCUAACGAGAAAAGCAAGCAGCCCAAAGGGACCUUUCUCAUUAAGGACUACAGUGUCCGGAUGGCCCCGCACCUGCGAAAAGAUUCCAAGAAAGAAUCCUGCUUUGAACUGACCUCCCAGGACAGGCGCAGCUAUGAGUUUACAGCUGCUAAUCCAGCUGAGGCCAGAGACUGGGUGGAUCAAAUAAGUUUCUUGUUAAAGGAUCUGAGCUCCUUAACCAUUCCAUAUGAAGAGGAGGAGGAAAAGGAGGAAGAAGAAGAGAUGUAUGACGAUAUUGAUGGCCUUGACUCCCCGAAUUCCAGUUCCCAGUGCAGACCCGUCAUCUUGCCUGGGAGUGUGGGGCUAAAAGAGCCCACAAAGGAGGAGGAAGAAGAUAUUUAUGAAGUCUUGCCAGAUGAAGAGCACGACCUGGAAGAGGAUGAGAAUGGGACUCCACAUAAAGGAGUGGACUAUACCAAUUAUUACCAGGGCCUAUGGGAUUGCCAUGGUGACCAGCCAGAUGAACUAUCCUUCCAACGGGGUGACCUCAUCUACAUUCUGAGCAAGUCUUCUGGCUGUGAGAGCCCCCCGUCUGUUGUCAUGGAAAGGCUUGAGUUUUCACUGGAGCCGCAGCAAGCAUGGGACAUCUUAGCAGAACUUGGACGUGGAUUCCAAGAGGACCAAAACCCUGAAUAAUGGAAAAAAGAGAAAGUGACUGCCAAGAACUUAAACCAUGGUUUGAAACAGCCCAGGGAGGCAGCCAAGCUACCCAAGGUUUCAGCGGAACGCUGAGCGCUCCAGUCAGUCCUCUGACAGCUUCCAACAUCACGAAUCCACCGUCCACCCGACUGACCACUUCCUUUUUCCUUCUGUAAAAUGUCUCCACAAAACCUCUUAUGCUGCAAAGCAGGCACCUGCUUGUCUUUGGUGAACGAUCCCUGUCCCCCGCCUUGCUCUCCUCAGCAGUUGGAAGGGCGCUGAGUUAGAGCCCUCAAUUUAUUUAAUAAUUUAUGACAUCCUCAGAAAGCAUUAAAUUUCCAAAGCUGGAUUUAAGGAGUAGAGAAACUGAGGGCCAACCCAAGAGUAAAAAUACGAUGUUUUUGGCUGACCAUGGGAUAUUACAAUCUACUCUGCUUAGGAAUUCGAAUUUCCCAUCUUUACUUAUGAUGAUGUCAGAUGCAGAACCACUGAUAAAAGAAAUAAGCAAUCAUAAACCAAUAAUUCUGUGAUUCAUUGGCCCUUCCCAUACAUAUAUCAGGCACCUAUCGAUCUCUCAUGUUAGGAGCUGACUGAUUGUUCUCUUGAAGAGGAAUCGUCUUAUUUACAAGCGCUGAUACAGUGAACUUUGAUGGUUAAAAGAACAAAAUGUGAGACAUUUUCCGGGAAUCUUGUUCCACGGAGGCUUAUCGAAGCCCAACUCAGGGUGAACAGAGAACAUCUCUGUUAGGAGCAUUCUCAGGGUAGACAGUGUCAAGCGGCUUGUUCCCAAAGCCGUCAUGUGGCUUUGAACAAGAGCCAUGAGAAGACAGCACAACUUUUAAGUCACAGUUAAAGGGAUGGGGCCUUAGUGGUACACCUGAAAGUAAUAUAACAUUGUACAUCAAGUAUAUGUCAAUAAUAAAAGAAAAAAGAGAGAGAAAGACGGUGCCUUAGAAGGAAUGAGCAAGCCUGGUCAGCCUUAGAAGAAGGAGCAGACUCUUCUGCAGCUGGAAGGCUGAAGCCUAGGAAAGCCAGCAUGGCAGGAACAAGGAUUCCUGAUUUCCUUUCGCUGUGUUUUUAAACGCGGAGGCUGGGGAGAGGGUGGAUGGAGAUGGCCACACUGGGCCAAAGUGCCGAUCCAGGCCAGAGAGAUCAUUGUUAUUUUCCCCCAAGAGCACUGGUUCAUAAACUGUAGAGGGUUCACAAACCCUUCGAGCAUCUGACAGAAGUUCUGGACCUCACCCCAGGGACAAGACACAUGUACACGUGCACACACAAUUUUACACCAAUUUCAAGGAACUCAAAGAUCCUUUCGUGUCCAUCCGUGGACAGGCCAGGGGUUCGCAGACUCCAUUUUAAGAAUCUGUGCCCUAGAGGGUGGUGCUUUCCUUUUGUUGGAACAGCCUAGGAUUCACUGAGCCUAGAAAUUGAAUUCUUAUCCCAAGACAGGAUGGUCAUUCCAGGUCAUGUCUGUGCUACUCCAGGGGAGCCAUGGAAGAGCUUAUACAAAUAGGAACCAGCAGGGAGGAGAGAAAUUAAAAUGUAGCAAUCAUGGAGUAGGGGUAUUUAAUCUCUUUUAAGGCUUAUGAUAGGCGCCUGCUGGUUUUCCCCCUGAUAUCCCCUGACACCUACUGACAGGGUAUUUGCAGCACCACACAGGGACUCAGGGCCCUGUGACAGGAGGAGCGCUGAGGAGGUCCAUGAUAGUCUUGAAACCAUAAACAGCAAUAGGAAACCACUGGAGGCAGAGUCAAGCUGUGCAACGUGCCCGUGGUUGGUGGCCAUACUGCUUUUUGUUUAUAGAAUUUGCUGUUCCUUUUAUGGCAGGUUUGGUAGGGUUGGGGUUUUUUUUCCUUGUUGAUGGAGAUUAGCAGCAUAAAUCCUUUUAUGGCAGUGUGCAAUCCCCCAUAAACACUUCUGAUUGUUGCUGAUGGUGAGCGCUGUGUCUAUUUCAAGUUCACUCAAUGUUCUGCUCAUCUAGGCCAAUAGCUUGUCCAGCCAGAUGAGGGAGUCCAAAUAACCAACCUUUCCUUUUAAGAUCCCUUCAUUUGGGGAGUUCAAGGAGGUGGGACAGGGUUGGUGUUGAGGGAAACGGAUAUUUAAUCAAGCCUCAAGAUAAUAAUGAUGAGAACAAACCACACGUCGUACUAUUUUUGAGUGAAAAGCUUCUAAAAAGACUUUGUGACGACAAGCAAGCGCCUAUGUUAAGGGCUUGUUUCCUCUUUUUAAAAAAAAAAAGCUUUUUAUCUUCUUAUCUAAAGCAUCUUCAGUUAACAAUUUUGUGUAAUUAACCUCUUAGCUCUACCAUACAUGAUGUAUAUAGAGUUAAGGACUGAGGAGCCUGUACAGUUUUGAUUCCUUAACAUCAUGACCACAUAUCCCCACCUUGGAGGUAGAAACACUUCCGCGUUGAGGAUUUUAGGUCUCCCGGGAGCAUCUCAGCACUUUUUCUGGUUUUUCAAAACAUCUGGGCACAAGAAGUCAAACUUCAUUGAAAACGUUGAUCCCAAGAAUUCAGUUCUCUCUCCCCUCUCAAAACUAAAAUCCAAGGAUCAGCAACUUCAUAAAAAUGCAGUAAAUUAGCACCUCUAGACAAGAGCAGAGUUCAUUCAGAGCCGGGGUCUGCCUGGCUGAGCCAGUACUCUCUCCAUUUUAAUAGUUUAAUAAAAAUUAGCAUAAUUAACGAACAUCUGUAUGAUCCAGAGUGGUGCAAUUUGGCACUUGGAAACGAGGGCUUAAACAUGAUUGCUGUGAGUUUAAUGUUGUUUUAAUUCUUUUUGGCACUGUGCAGUGAAAUGAACGUUUGGUGGUGAUA